CCGGAAUUGCAAGCUAGGUCGAUCGGUAACUUGAUCGAUCAACUGGCUUUGCGGCUAAGCGCGGAAUUUUCAUGAAUUUUGGUGCUAGUUGUGAGGUGUUUUUUAUCAUCAACUCCGGUUUUUACUGCCAAGAAUCUUCGGCUUGAAUCGUCGACUUUGUUUUGGGCGCUCCAUCAGUUCAUGUGCGCUGGACGCAGCUCAUUGCGGAACUUGAGUCGCACGAUCUUGCUUUGAAGCUUCAUCUUCUUUGAAAUUCCCCUUCUCUCAGCAAAUUCAGCUAUAAAUCGCCAGAGGAACUCCACGGUCACCAUCGCCUUUGAUCUUUGGCCGCGAAAUUCAACAGCUCUGAUAGGAAAGGCUCUCGAAUUCUACAAUUUGAUCCGCCACUUCUUCAAACAGAGUGCUCUGUUCCUCACGACGACAAACAUGGCCGCCAUCGCCAAAUUCCUCGCGAUUCUCGCAGUUAUUGCACUAGCAUCGACGGCACAGGCAGCGGAUCCAGAUCAGUUCCUCGACUGGGUAGUCACAUUUCAGAAUUUGCCACUGCUGGGCACCACACAAAGAGUGAUCGCGAUCAACAACCAAUUUCCAGGACCCACGAUCAAGACCACCACGAACAACAAUCUCCACAUCAACGUGACGAAUCGCCUCGACGAGCCCCUGCUCUUUCACUGGAAUGGGAUCCAGCAGCGGCGAUCAUCCUGGCAAGACGGCGUCUCGGGAACGAAUUGCCCGAUCUUGCCCGGCCAGUCGUGGCAGUAUAAUUUCCAAGUCAAGGAUCAAAUCGGGACCUUCUUCUACUACCCUUCCAUCAAUUUCCACAAGGCCGCGGGAGGCUAUGGUGGAAUCCAGAUCGCCAAUCGCGUAGUGAUUGCCGUUCCUUUCCUACCGCCCGCGGACGAUUUCACGCUUUUGGCCGGUGAUUGGCAGCUUCGAGACUAUCGGUCGAGCCGAUCACGACUGGAUAAGAGCCAAGGCAUUGGAAGACCAAACGUUGUUCUUAUGAAUGGCAAGGCACCAUACAUUGCGGGUGGUAGCAAUGCCAACUUUGAGAAGUUCACUGUCGAAUCUGGGAAGAUCUACCGCUUCCGUAUCUCAAACGUUGGAACCGCCCAAUCACUCAACGUCCGGAUCCAGUCCCACAAGCUCUGCGUGGUGGAAACCGAGGGCUCCUACACCGCCAAGACGUGCUUCGAUUCGCUCGACAUCCAUCUCGGGCAAUCCUACUCGGUGCUCGUCACUAUGGAUCAGAGCCCCGCGGACUACUACAUUGUCGCAAGCACCAAAUUCAGCUCCGGCUCACUCAACGGCGUCGCGAUUCUUCACUACCAAAAUUCCAACACUGCGGCAUCUGGAACCAUCCCGGCCGGCCCGGAUCCCUUGGACGUCAACUUUUCGCUAAACCAGGCGUUAUCUAUCAAGUGGAAUUUGACCACCGGUGCCGCGCGGCCCAACCCACAAGGAUCUUACCACUAUGGCCAAAUUCCCAUCACGAGAGUGAUCCAGCUCUCGAGCUCCUCCGUGACUCUAAACAACCAGGCGCGCUUCGCGAUCAACGGGCAGUCGUAUCUCACACCCGAUACCCCGCUCAAGCUCGCGGAUUUCUACAAUAUCGACGGAGUUUUCACGCGGGGAUCGAUGCGAACCAGUGCCGUGGGCUCGCCGGUGAUGGAGACGUCGGUUCUCGAGCUGGAUUACAAGAGCUUUGUGGAGCUCGUAUUCGUCAACCCGGAGAACGAGAUCCAGUCGUGGCAUUUGGACGGGAUGAGCUUCUGGGUGGUCGGGUUUGGAUUCAACGAAACAUGGUCGCCCAGCAGCCGAUCCAAGUACAACUUGGUCGACGCUGUUUCACGCUCCACAACACAGGUGUACCCGAGAGGCUGGACGGCGAUUCUCUUCUCGGUAGACAACGUAGGAAUGUGGAACAUCCGGUCCCAGUGCUUGAGACGCCAGUACCUGGGCCAGGAAGGCUAUGCCCGCGUGUUUAAUCCUGAGAACUCCACGAGAACCGAGACAUGGAUCCCGCAAAACGUUCUUCUCUGCGGCAAAGCCAUUGGAAAAACCAUCCCGGGCCCAAGAAUGCUGGGCAUUGACGAGAUCGACUUCUAAAGGGCCAGAACCCCACACACACACACACACACACAGCCUCAACCAUACAACAUUGACAUUGUCUAUAGAUAUAUCUUUACAUUCUUUAUGUGGAAUUUUUGUGUAGCUUUGCUAAAUGCCCAUUGAUAAGAUCAAAAGAUCUUUACGUGGAGGAUUUUGUGUAUCUUUG